CACCAUAGCAGCGGCGUAGAACAUCCCUCCGUCAAGAACAGCUAGAGAGCAGCUAGAUAGAAGGCGAAAUCUUAACUAAAUCGAUGGCAAUUGUACAAGGGGCGAUGGAUAUUCUCCUCCCUAAGCUGGCCGAGCUGCUAACCGACGAGUUCAAGCUGCAGAAGGGGCUCAAGGAGGAAAUCGCAUCCCUCAGCCGCGAGCUGGAGAGCAUGCAGGCCGCCCUUGUGAAGAUCUCGGAGGUGCCAGUCGGGCAGCUCGACGGGCAGGUCAAGAUCUGGGCGAAGGAGGUGAGGGAGAUGUCCUACGAUAUCGAGGACAGCAUCGAUAGCUUCACCGUGCGUUUUGGUGCUGUCCAAGAGCCCGCCGAGCCGCUUGGCGUGAUUAAGGGGUUCAUGGACAGGGUGAUGAGCUUGUGGACAACGGCAUUGUCUCGCCGCCAGAUUGCCACGGAGAUCCAGCGCAUCAAAGGCGAGGUGGAGGAGGUCAGCCAACGACGUAAGAGGUACAAGCUUGGCAAGGAGGUUGCCAGGCCAUGUGCUGCAACCACCAUUGAUCCUCGUCUUCCUGCUCUGUACGAGGAUGUGUCCAAGCUUGUUGGCAUCGAAAGGCCAGCAGGAGAAAUUGUCAAGUGGCUGAACGAGGGGGAGGGGGCGUCAAAGCAGCGACUCAAGGUGCUCUCCGUCGUCGGAGUUGGUGGCUUGGGUAAAACGACCCUUGCCAAUACGGUGUACCACAUGCUUCUUGGGCAAUUCCAGUGCCGGGCAUUUGUCUCGGUAUCCUUCACACCAGAUAUAAAGAAGAUAUUUUGCAGCAUACUCCGUCAGGUGAGUGGAGAAGAUUGCGCCAACAGUGAUGAUUGGGAUGUCAAGGAACUUGUGGAUCACAUUCGAGAUUUUCUCAAGGACAAGAGGUACUUCAUCAUAAUUGAUGAUAUAUGGGACCAAAAUGUGUGGGCAAUUCUGAAAGUAGCUUUGAUCGAGAGCAACUGCGGCAGUAGAAUAAUUACCACAACUCGCAAAGUUGAUGUUGCUGAAUCAUGUUGCUAUGGGUUCAAUGGUAGAGUGUAUGAUUUAGCACCUCUUUCUCAUGAAGAUUCCAAAAAAUUAUUCUACAAGAGAAUAUUUCACUACGAAGAUGAACACCCCAUUGAACUUGAAGAGGUAUCUGAGAAAAUACUAAAAAAGUGUGCUGGCUUACCAUUAGCUAUCAUAACUAUAGCUAGUCUUUUGGCUAGUAAACCGACAAAAACAAAUGAACUGUGGUACAGAGUGCUCAAUUCAAUUGGUUCUGGACAUGAAAAUAGUCCUAGUGUGGAGAACAUGAGAGGGAUUUUAUCUCUUAGUUAUUCUGAUCUACCUCCUCACCUCAAAACCUGCUUGCUAUAUCUAAGCAUAUUCCCGGAAGAUCAUAUGAUUAAUAGAGAUAAAUUGAUAUGGAGAUGGAUAGCAGAAGGUUUCAUUCAUGAGAAGCAAAGGGGAAACUUAUAUGAACAGGGAGAAAAUUACUUCAAUGAGUUGAUUAACCGGAAUAUGAUCCAGCCUGUUGAUACUGACACACAUGGUAGUGCAAAAACUUGUCAUGUACAUGAUAUGGUACUAGAUCUCAUUAGUUCCUUAGCAACCGAAGAAAAUUUUGUUACUAUACUGGGUGGUCAGCAGCCAUUAUCUGUAGGGGGGAAGAUUCGCCGGUUAUCAUUCCAGCAGAAGAAGGGAGAGCACACUAUGACAGAAACACCAAUGGACUUGUCCCAUGUGAGGUUACUUUUGGUCUUGAGGUCUGCUAUGGACAUGAUUCCGUCACUGUUGAGCUUCCAGGUUUUACGUGUAUUGGAACUAGAAGAAUGCCAGCAUUUGGAUAGUCAUCUUCUGAAGGACAUUACAAGUUUGCUUCAUCUGAGAUAUCUAGGACUUGGAAGCACAUACAUUACUGAGAUUCCAAAAGAAAUUGGAAAUCUACAGUGGUUGCAGACACUGGACUUGAGGGAGACAAAAAUAAAUGAACUUCCAUCAAGUAUUGUUCAGCUAAGACAGCUGGUACGUCUGUAUGUUUCCAUACGCACCAGAGUGCCCGCAGGAAUAGGAAAUAUGAGAUCUCUGGAAGAGCUUUCAAGAAUCAAUAUAUCCGAGUCUCCAAAGUUGAUGAAAGAGUUAGGCGCCCUGACUGAACUUAGAGUGCUUGAAAUUUGGGCCAAUGUAUGGGACAAGAGCUACGAGGAUCCCAUUGUUGAGUCCCUAAGCAGCCUUCACAAGAUCCAAAUCCUGUCAAUAUUUGCUUCUGAUGUCUCCCUGGAUUUCUUGUCAAAGGGCUGGGUCCCGACAUGUCUCCGUACCUUCUGGGCAUGGGACAGUCCAUUCUCUGUUCUGCCCAAAUGGAUCAAUGAUUCUCUACAGAGCUUGUCCAUCCGAGUCAAGAAAAUACAACAGAAGCAUGUUCAAAUCCUUGGGGGUUUACCUGCACUUCAUUUUCUUGAACUUCUAGUGACAGAACACCCAGAAGAAAAAAUGGUCAUUGGCCUUGAGAAUACAUUCCGGUGUUUAACAGAGUUUGCAUUUGAAUGUAGAGCAGCUGGGCUGAUAGUUGCACAAGGAUCUCUGCAGAGGCUUCAGAGGCUCCGUCUUGAUUUUGGAGUGCGGGAAACAAAAGACCUGUAUGGUGAUUUUGACUUCGGCUUGGAGAACCUGUCUUCAAUUAGGCGUGUCCGCAUUGACAUUGAUUGCGAUGGUGCCCUGGUUUCGGAGGUGGAAUCUCUGGAGGCCGUGAUCAGGAACACAACAAAAUUACAUCUCACCAGUCCUAGUAUCAACAGGCGUCUUGAAGAGGACAUGCUAAAAGAUGAAGACAAGCAAGCUGAUGGAUUAGCAAACACGAAGGAAGAGAAUUGGCCUGCCAAGGUCGGGCCAUGGGGUGGAAAUGGUGGCAGGAAUCGCGACAUCAAGGUGGCACCACAGCGCCUCGAAACUGUGACGAUUCGUAGUGGUUCGGUUGUUGAUUCAGUCGCCUUUUCUUACAAGGACGAAAAUGGUCACCAACAGACCGCAGGCCCGUGGGGCAGUGAUGGUGGCAACAAACAUACGAUUCAGCUUGGUCCCACGGAGUUUGUGACUCAAGUUUCUGGAACAUUCGGCUCAUUUGGUGCCUUGUCCAAUGUUCUGACAUCCCUUACGUUGGUCACCAACUGUGGCAGCUAUGGGCCUUUUGGAAAAGUACACGGAAGUCCUUUCCAGACUACAGUGAAGAGUAAUGGCAGCAUUGUUGGCUUCUUCGGGCGAGCAGGGCAAUUUGUUGAUGCACUUGGUGUUUAUGUUCUUUCUUCCUCGGUCUAGCUCUGUCAGGUUUUCGCGUUUUCAUGCUUGGUGCCAUUUGUAGCGACCGGGAUUAUAAGCACCAUGUAUCCAAGUUGAGUGGGCGACCAAGGAGCUAUAUAUCCAACAUGUGGUUGGUGCCGUAACCUCUUCUUUUGUCGCAUGCUAAGAGUUUGUGCAAAACUUAAUAGUUUUACGUUUGUGGGUUGUGUGCAUAUUAUUAUGCAGAGAUGCAUGGCUUAAUGAAUCCAAUUUUAAA